UUGAAAUUGAUAGAAUCGCCUUAUACCACACCAGUGUUGCGUUAAACUCCGAGCCAUCAAGUCGAGUAGGAUGUGGAAAUUGUUAGUACUUGUAGGCAUUGUUACAUCUGCACCUACUGACGACCUUGCCGGUAUAAACUUUAAUCAAAUUAACCAGUUCACAUUGAAUUUCCUAAAUAAUGUGUAUGCGUUUCAAGAAAGUUACGGCGACAAGAAUGUCGCAUUAUCACCAUUAUCAGUGUGGAAUAUAUUCUCGUUGCUAGCUGAAGGAUCAGCGGGCGAGACAUUUACAGAAUUAAUGACAGAAUUAAGACUGCCAAAUGAUUUGAGACAAACACAACAACUCCAUUCGACGAUUGUCAAUCUAUUGAAGAGAAAAGACCGCGAUGUGACUUUAAAUACCCAAUCAGCGAUGUUCUCGGAUCGCAGCUUCAAAAUACACCAAGAAUUCUGUGAAUCAGCAAAGUACUAUAGCACAGACGUGUAUUCCGUGGAUGCGACUAAUAAAACGAAACUAGCAAAUGAUAUAAAUUAUUAUGUGUGUUUAGCUACAGAAGGAAGAAUUCGCGAAGCAGUGAAACCAGAACUUCUUCAAGAUUUAAAACUUAUUUUAGUUGAUGCUUUAUAUUUCAAAGCGAAUUGGAGGUAUCCCUUUGAUCCUAGUCAAACUAGACCGGAUGCGUUUUACGAUACUCAAGGUAGAACAAUUGGGUCAGUAAACAUGAUGUACCACAAGGCGCCACAUAACUUCGGAGAUUCCGAACUAAUUAGUGCCCAAAUUUUAGAAAUGACUUACGGUCAAUCUGAAGAGUUUUCCAUGUUAAUUCUCUUACCAUUCGAGGGGAUAUCGUUAAAAACACUGUUAAACAACUUGGCAACACAGAAUUUAGACUGGAUGGCGGAAUUCAAAAGAGAUGGUAAGCUGCCGGAAAUAGACUGUUAUAUACCCCGAUUCAAGAUAUCCUCCAGAGCGGAUUUGAUUCGUCCCCUACAAUAUAGCGGGAUACAACGAAUUUUUGACGAUGUUAAAGCAGAAUUACCAGGUAUAACUGACAGUCCAUUAUUUGUGUCGAAAACUGUCCAAAAUGUCGAGAUAGAUGUCACUGAGGAAGGCACAGUAGCAGCAGCUUCAACGGUUGUCGGUUUAGAGGAUAGAAUUUUAGGCCAGCGCUUUGAAGCGAACAAGGAAUUCGUAUUUUUAAUCACGGACAGACAAACGGGAUUGAUUAUAUUAGCUGGUGUGUAUGCUGAACCACAACUUGUGUGAGUAAUGUGAUCAAUAAAAUUAGUUUGGCUGA